AUGAAGGGUUUAUUAUUUGUUUUUCUAAUACUUGUUAUUGCUUCACAUAGUUUAUGUGCUAGAAUAACACCUAAAGCUGAUGAUGAAUGGAUUACUUUUGAUGUUACUAAUACUAAAUAUGGUGCUAUUGGAGAUGACAAUACUGAUGAUUCAGAACUUGGAGGAACUAUCAUUGCCCCAAAAAACAUGGAGGAUUGGAAAUGGGCAGAAGAUAAAGAGCUAGCAUGGAUUAGAUUUGAAGACAUAUCUGGUCUUACUGUCAAUGGUGGAGGACAAAUUAAUGGCCAAGGUGCUCCAUGGUGGAAAGAGUAUCCUGAUAAUGAAAGUAAAAGGCCUUCUGUAAGUCUAUUCAUAUGA